AUGCUGCACACCAACAAUAUCUUCGAGCUAUUUGGCAUUCGGUGGGACGAAACGAAAAUAUUGUCCGUAGACAAAGGAUCCACUGACACUCAAGUGGAAAAUCCAACCAGAGGCUGUCUGUUGCUUCGUGGUCAAAUGAAGUUUAUGUCAGAAUGGGACGCAAUUGCAUUUUUGGGAACUCCAACCAUGGAAAAUGUGGAUGCGAUGUGGGACAUUGGGCUAUUUCUGAAUGACUUAAGCAUGCAUGACUCCAGUCGGGACAUGGUGCUUGCCGGAGAACAACAGGCUGCCGAACUUAAGUUGGCACUAGAACAGCGGCCUCUCACCCUGGAAGUUGUCAGUCCUACUAAACUCCCUCUACUCAUGCUUCGAUGCGCUUACCGAGAAGCACAAGGUGGGUAUAAGGUAAUUCAACUUAUUCGGAUGGAGUCCGCUCUCUCACAUCACCUAUUUUCUAAACCCGUGUACACACCGUUUACCUCUUAG